GGACCGGGAGCGCCCGGGCACCGGCCCCGCAGAGCUGGCGCUGCGUUUGUUUUCCACUCCCCUGGCGCUCGCUGUGUGAAGCAAAUCCCUCGGAGGUGGGGGAGAAGCGGCUUCCGUGACAGCGGAGGGAGGAGGGAAAUAAAAUCAAAUAAAACAAACCAAAAUAAAAAAGGGAGAAGAGCCAAGAAAGCACUUGCUUCUCAUCAUCUCUCAGGGACCAAAGCCAACUCUUCUUCUUAUGACCCCACGCUGCAGGGAGCAAAGGCGGAGAAGGCAGCGGGGGGCACCUCCUAACAAAGCCGGGUUGGGGUCCGGGCUGCCCGCAGCCCCUCGCCGCCCCGGGGAGCAGCGGGCUGCGGGAGCUGCCGGGGGCCGGGCAGGGCUGCCAGGGCCAAGCCGGGCACGGCCGAGCCGCAGCUCCACCAAAAGCGAGGAGCAGGAAUGAAAGUUUCGAAAUAGCAUCCGAAGGAGCGCCAAGGACCGCGCCGAGCAGAGCUCCCCGCCUCGCAUCAGCCCCCGAUGGUGCGUCCGAGGGGCUGCGUCAGAGAUGUGAGCGGCCCCUGCCCGCUGCAUGGAGGGGGGUAAAGGCACGGAAACACCUCGCUAUUUAUUUAUUUAUUUAUUGGAAGCAAUGUAUGGGUGACACCCAGAAGGCAUCUGAGCCCUGACAAAAAACCAGACCACCUCAGGACCCAAACGAGAACGAGAAGAAUGAGACAGCAGCCUUGACCCCUACACCGAGGGGAAGGUGAGCAGCAAGAAAGAAAACACAGAAAAGCCAUGCAAGCAGCAAACCUGUAGAUUACUGCAGGUCUUUUUUGCUUCACUGAGGACAAAUAUUUUACUGACAGCCAUGCAGCAUAAAGGCAUCAUUCUGCUUGUGUUCUUGGAAUAUUUUAUUUCUGGACAUGGAGAAGCAGACCCCACGAGGCCACGAGCCUUCCGCUGCAGCGGCCGCGCCUGCAACCCUCCCGUGGGAAACCUCGCCACAGGAAGGACACCAGUGACCACCACCACGUGUGGCCAGAACAGCACAGAGCUCUACUGCUCCUACCCCGACCAGAACCUCCUCCAUCGCCUCUCCCCCGGCUGUGGGCAGCCCCGCUGCACCAAAUGCAACAGCAACCAGCCCAACAACUCCCACCUCCCUGCUGACAUGACAGAUGAUUUCUUUGCAAACCCCAUCUCCUGGUGGCAGUCUGCCCAAGGGGUACACAGAGAAGAAAUCAGACUGGACUUUGAAACAGAAUUCUACCUGACCCACGUCAUUGCUGUGUUCAAGUCCCCUCGCCCAGCUGCGAUGGUGUUGGAAAGAUCCCAGGAUUAUGGGCAGACUUGGAGGCCCUACAAGUAUUUCUCUGUCAACUGUACAGCUACUUUUGGGCUCCAGGAUGAUCUCGUUGAGGAAGGCUCCAUGUGCACUUCCAGGUACUCAGAUGCAGUGCCCUGCACCAGAGGGGAGGUGAUUUAUCGUGCCUUAAGUCCGGCUAACAAGAUCGAAGACCCUUACAGUCCUGAGGCUCAGGAUCUCCUGAAGCUCACCAACCUCCGCCUGCUUUUGUUAAAAAGACAGGAAUGUCCCUGCCAUGGCUCAGGAUUGGUAGAGAAACCCCAAAGAUUUGCCCACUAUGCUAUUUAUGACCUGAUCAUCCGGGGAAGCUGCUUUUGCAAUGGGCAUGCAGAGGAGUGUGAGCUUGCCAACAGGACAGGAGUCAUGGAGAACAUGGUCCAUGGGAAGUGUGUGUGCAGACACAACACGGCAGGGGACCACUGUGAGAAAUGUGCUCCGCUCUACAACGACCAGCCUUGGAAGCCAGGAGAUGGGAAAACGGGGGCACCCAAUGAAUGCAGAAAGUGUCGCUGCCACAGCCACGCCGAGAGCUGCCACUUCGACCUGAGCGUGUGGCUGGCCUCAGGGAAGCGCACUGGGGGAGUCUGUGACAACUGCAAGCACAACACGGAGGGACAUCGCUGCCAGAGGUGCAAGCCUGGCUUUUACAGGGACAGAGGGAAGCCCAUGUCUUCUCCAGAGGUCUGCAAACCCUGUGCCUGCCAGCCCAUGGGUUCAGCCAACACCACGUUCAGCAGCAGCUGGAGAUGCCACCCCCGGACAGGAUUCUGCUACUGCAAGCCAGGGGUGGCAGGUCCCAGCUGUGACAGGUGCCUCGUGGGCUACUGGGGCUUUGGAGAAAGCGGCUGUCGCCCCUGUGACUGCGCCGGAGACUGUGACCAGCGCACUGGGACGUGUUUCAAUGGCUAUGACAGUGAGCCCUUCUUUAAUGUCCCCAUCGGGGGACGAAUCCCUGACCUCGUCCAAGUGCCAAGCAACGAGAGCGAAGAGGAGUGGAAAUGGAAUGACCAUGAGCAGGGAUUUUCUGCACUGAGGCACCCAGAAAAGUGUGUGUGCAAGGAGAAGGUGCUCGGAAGUGUCAGUGACUUCUGCCAAAUGAAAUAUGCCUAUGUAAUAAAAGCAAGAAUCCUGUCUGCUCAUGACAAAGGGACCCAUGCAGAAGUUGUUGUGAAAGUAAAGAAGGUCCUGAAAUCAGGCAAAGUGAAAAUUGCUCGGAGCAACAGAAGCAUUUACCCAGAAUCCUGGACCAACAGAGGCUGUACAUGUCCCAUUCUCAAUCCUGGUACUGACUAUCUCAUAGCAGGCCAGGAGGACUCUAGGACUGGCAAACUCCUCGUGAACAUGAACAGCCUGGUGAAACCCUGGAAGGCAUAUUUGGGAAAACAAGUAUCAGAUAUUCUUCGAACUGGAUGCAAAUAAUUUCUGCUUCAGAAAUUACAGUGCUGGACUUUGCCUUUUAGUAACACUGCAGUGAAAGGUGUAGUUAGUUCAAACAUUCCCAUUCAACAUGCUCCUAGCUGAAACGAGGAAAGCAGACUUGCCAUCCCUCCUUUCAUGUGCUUAGACAGGAAACUCGGGACAUGACUACUUUUUUUAAAAAAAAUGCACAGCCGUAUCAUACAAAAUUACCUAGUGCAUCAUAUAUAGAUCACAAGUCAGUUCUUCACUUGAGCCUGAUUCUAGCCAGAAUCAUUUUACAAGGCAAAACUAAAGAUACGGACUAGUGUUUCCAUACUUCAGGUCAGAGUCUGAUAUUAAUAUGCAUAAACUGCUUUCAUAAUACAUUCACUACUGGACUGUAAUUUUCUUAAUAAGUGACCACUAAAAGGCAGCAAUUUCUUUCAGCUUUACAAGUGGCAUAAUACUAAAUAAGCAUACAAGAGAGCUCAAACUGAUUUACCAUCAGCCUGUAAUUAUGCCAAUAUAAUAGGCUGCUUUCUAGAAGACAAUAUUAUCCCGCUGCCUACCAGAAACAAACAUGUGGCUUAUCUUGGGACACUGUCCUUUAGAGAUGUGCACUGCUAUCAUCAAUGCUUAGUGCUGAGCUCUGCUGCAGAAACCACCUUGGCUCAAACUCCAUUCCAAAUCCAGCUCUGUGCUGUAGUACUUAGUCUGCAACACCACAAAGGUUUCACAGCAAUAACUACAAAUAAGCCUUAAUUAUAGGAAAAAGCCAAAGUGUGAGGAACUAGCAGCUGCUCUAAUUUGAAAUGGUGACACUACAAAAGCCACAAAGCAGAAACAGGAGGUAAAUGGAUUGGCUGGAGCAUGUAUCAAAUGAGGUAAGCUGUAGUUCUGGGAGAGCAACCUGGCUGUUCCAACUGUGCUCAAGACCACUGGCCCUCAAUUGCACUUAGUGCUUUCAUUGUGCUUUAUUUCUCCUGGUCACACUUCAGGGUAAGAUGCUGAAGCUCUGCUUCCUUCCCGUAGUGCCUGAGGAUUAUUUCUCCCUCUGCAAAAGUACAGGAGUGGUAACAUCUGCACUCCAGGUAAAAUUAGUUCUGCUCUGCAAAAGCGUUAUUUCUAAAUCAAUUUUACCCUACAGCAAUCAAGAGGUAGCUACUUAAAUUCUUCCCUAACACAGAAUUUUGAGGAAAUUGAAGUUUGAGAUGUGUGUCCCCUGUUUAAGGACUCACAACCAAAUGAAGUUGGUUGGAGCACUCUCUCUUCAACUAAGAAAAAACUACAAUUAAUCAAUCUAUAUUCUUUCAGGGAGUUACAGAGAAAGAGAAGCACACAUGCUACUUUUGCAUGUUUCAAUUCCAUGUCUAAUUUUUAAUGCGCCUAGGGAAGAAGAGAUGUUUUCAUUUAGCACUGUCUGACUGGUAAGUGGGACACUCAGAAACCCUAAUACUAAUGCAGAACAAUGCAAGUCCAGCCUACAACUUAGGCCAUAAUUUUGUUCUCUUUACCAAUGAGAAUGUAAAAAUUCAGCCUCUUCCAUUCUAUUUACUGCUAUUUUACUUUGACUUUCACAUUGACUGAAAAGCAGAAAUAUCCUCAGCUCAUUUGGAAAUGGAUGACAGGCAGAUCUUUAGGGGGAAAAAAGCUCCAAUUUGUUUCCUAACAGGACAUAAACAGUGUUUCUAGUGUUUCUUCCUCUCUCCUUUUCAGGAAAUUUCCCUUCCUCCACUGCUUUCCCCCAUUUAAUUUCAUAAUUUAUUUGUUGUUACCUAAACUGGUAUCCAACAAUGUGGCAUCUCCAACAAGCUAUUUAAUUAAUGCAAUAAAACACUUUUUAACCAAGGCAUUUGGCAGAAUUUGAAAUGUCAGCCUUAUGAAAUUAGGAGCCCAGCAACUGCUUUCUUUACUGUCUCCAGAAAUUGUCUCACAACAAAAAGAUUAACUAGUUCUCUUUCAAAUAUCAAUAAAGACCUGUACAUGAAUUUACAGUCUAAUCUCAGAGGGCCUCUCACAAGAAAUGAAAUUCAAGUGUAGGUUUAGAGUUAAACUAAGGAAUGUGCUUUUCAACAGAGGCCAUUUUACCUGUAGGGGAUCUUAUUUAAUGACAAUGAGGAUAUUCCAUGUUGGUUUAUAGUCAGCACCAUAUUAAAGCAAACACCUCUGUUCCACUUUUUGUGCCAGACUGGUGGUUUUGUGGGGAGGGUGAACAUCUGCAUAGGCCUCUUCUGUGAAUAAAAGUUAUUUUUUGACACCUUCA